CAGCUCUUCCGGAGGGCCUUGGUUUCGUCACCAAAUUCAAAUUGCAUAUCCGUACCGCGCUUUCGAGGGGCUCGUUUCUUCCUUAGCGCGAAUCCAAGUCUCCGAUAUGAGUGCUCCUAUGGAAGUUUCAAUGGGGAGUGCUCCCGAUGGAGACGGUUCCGAGCACAACAAAGUGCUUCAGGAGCCACCUCCAUCACCAAAAUCUCAUCCGCCACCCAUGGCCCAGGAAGAGAAGAUCCAUGUAUCAGUUGGUCUUGCAGUUGAGGUUUGCUUGAAGCCCUCUUGUACAGCCAGAGUAGGUGAUAUCCGCUUAGCCGUCGAAAGCAUGAUGGAAAAGAGGAGUAUGAGCUAUGUUGAUGGUCCUAUUCCAGUGCCACUGGAUGAUCCCUUUCUUGCAGAAAACGUGCAGCGGAUAUGUGUGUGUGACACAGAUACGUGGUUGGAGCAUGGUGAUUUCCUUUUGUUUUGGCAAGUUAGACCUGUUGUGCAUGUAUUUCAGCUUAGUGAGGAAGGACCAUGUGAAGAAAUGAGCGGGGAUGGACAGCUUUCUACGUUUAAUGAAUGGAUUCUUCCGGCAAAAGAAUUUGAAGGAAUAUGGGAAAGCUUAGUUUACGAAGCUGGUCUCAAGCAGAAGUUGUUGCGAUAUGCGGCAAGUGCUUUGCUUUUCACGGAGAAGGGAGUUGAUCCUUUCCUUGUAUCUUGGAACAGAAUUGUUCUUCUUCAUGGACCUCCAGGAACAGGCAAGACAUCUUUGUGUAAAGCAUUGGCACACAAACUUUCCAUUCGAUUUAACUCUAGAUAUCCACAAUGUCAAUUGAUAGAAGUUAAUGCACACUCCUUGUUUAGUAAGUGGUUUUCUGAAAGCGGCAAGUUGGUUGCUAAAAUGUUUUCCAAGAUUCAAGAAAUGGUAGAGGAUGAAAGUAAUCUUGUAUUUGUAUUGAUUGAUGAAGUUGAAAGCCUUGCUGCUGCUAGAAAAGUUGCCUUUUCUGGUUCUGAACCUUCGGAUUCUAUACGGGUGGUGAAUGCGCUCUUAACUCAGCUUGACAAGUUAAAAUCAUCACCAAAUGUCAUUAUACUGACGACAUCCAAUAUCACUGCAGCUAUUGAUAUAGCUUUUGUGGAUCGAGCUGAUAUUAAAGCGUAUGUGGGACCCCCAACGCUUCAAGCACGCUAUGAGAUACUAAGGUCUUGCUUGCAAGAACUCUUAAGAGCUGGAAUACUGUCAAAUUCACCCAUGCUGGGCGCCAAUAUGCUCGUUUUCCCGAGCUUUUCUAGUUUGAGAGACCACAUUGGCGAAUCAGUGACACCAGAGUGUCAACCACAAUCCCACCUUUCCAAACUGCUGCUUGAUGCUGCUGAAGCAUGUGAGGGUUUGAGCGGAAGAUCACUAAGAAAGCUACCAUUCCUGGCACAUGCAGCCCAAAAGAAUCCGCACAUUUGUGAACCUGAAAAGUUUAUGCAUGCACUAAUAGAAACAGCCAAACACCAGCGAUUAGAGUUAUCUGAUUGAGUUGUACUUGUGCUGGUCAUAGGUUUUAUUUGUUCUGUGAAAUCGUCUGCAGCUUUAAACCAGGUAAAAUAAAGAAAAAAUUAUCUUUUUGAUACCUGUCGCGGGCAAAGACCAAUGGAGACCAAUGGGCAAAGACCAAUGGAGACCAAUUGCAGCAAAAGAUGCACAGAAUGGUAUCAGAGCACGUUGCUCGUUGGGUGAUCUCUACGUGCGCUAGGAUGGAAAAACGAUUGAACGAACUGGAGAGAAAUCAACAGGAAUUAGUUACAGCUAAGGUAGCUAUGGCGGCGAGUAUAGCAGAGAUACGAGCUACGCUAGCGACCUUGGUGGAGCGAGGUAAACGUCGAUCGGGAAGCAGAUCGCAUACGUCGGACUUUGCGCAUCAUUCUUCGCAUCGCAAAUCGUUCCCCAGUUCGCAUACUGAGUCGUGAACUAACAGGCGACGAACUCCAGCUGCUAGCGAGAAGUCUUUGCACUCUCGAGGUAAUCCACAUAAUCCGCCGGUCUCUUCUCAGUCGCUAGCAGCGUCUUACAGUUUCAGUUCACAAUCGCUACUAGUUCCUCACCUUGCGUCAGCGUCAUCCGCUUCCAGAACCUUCGACCUACUCGCAUCAGGAAAGGGACCCCAGGGGACUCUACCAACAAAAAGGGACACCAAAUUAAAGCGGGUUGCACCAUCAGCUCGGGAAUCAGACCCUGAAGAGGAUGUUAGUCAACCUACAGACAUGGGACAUACAGUUUAUUUGUGUAGGGGAGUUAUGAAACCUCCCGAGUUUGCUGUUAAGGAUGAACCUCUUGGUUAUUUUGAUGUUGGAAUGAUGAUAGAAUUGAACAAGAUCAAUCACUAUGAAAAGAUCAUGGCGGCAGCAAAUAACGAUUCAGAAAACAUGGAUAAGAGAGAGAUAACCGAAUUCAUAUCAGUCAAAAUCAAUGCUGAAACUGACUUUGUAAUAUUAAUUGGAAAUGCCUUGGGGUGGCAAGCCUAUGUGCAGGGUGUACAAGCGAGACCAGUUGAGAAGGAUGCUAAUGGAAGGCUAUGGUCGAAGAGGGAAAUUGAUUGGACCAUUAAGUGCUGGACUUCAGGGAUGACCGGUUGCAAGAGGCUUACAGAUAUUCUUGAAAAUAGUUGGGCGUACGCUACCCGAGUGCCUGCUCUUACUCCACCUCAGGAUAUGUUUUCUGGUGAGCCUAGCGUUGUAGGGAGGUAGGGAGUGCUACUGCCCUGCUGAAGGAUGUUGUUACUAGGAAUCCCCAGAUAAGGAUAAAACACUACAGGACUGAGCUUUCAAUUUCUCAGCUUCUCUCAGUCAUUCAGGCCUAUCAAGUUUGGGUUUGGGGAAUUAUUGCUGGUGAAGCCACAACCUGGAUUUUGUCAAACUGCUAUAGAUGCAAGCCACCAACACCAUUUGACCUGGUCAAAGCUACAUUGUCCUUUCUUCAACAAGUAAUCCAUUUGAAUGGUGAAGAAGUUAGGAAAGAUGACUGUUGGUCACUUUUAUAUCUAUCGUAUGGAUGUGAAGAACUAAACAAGCCGGAAAAUAUCCAAACUCAUGGCAAUAAUGGGAUGCUUGAAGAACCUGUGAGAAUAUUAGAGAAAUAUGGGGCUGAGCAAGUGACGAUGAAGGUUCAAGUAAUGAAGCUCCUAUUCCAGAAAUCAGUGAGUGUGAAAUUUCACUCAAGAAAUGGGAUGAAGUCAGAGACACAUGUUAUACUCAGGCUGGACAAAAGUUCUUCAUCUAGAGGACUAGAAGUAUGGGAACAUCUGACACCGCAACCAGCGAAGUACUGGGAGGGGAGAGGCACCAGGAGGAAGCUGAAUUCCAAGCUAGGUUCCUAUCUCCCCACUUUGAGGACAAGGUGGUUGUUUAGGGAGAAAGUAUUGAUAGGAACCCACUUAUUAGACUAGUAAUAGUAGUAAUAAUAAUAAUAGUAGUAAUGAAGGUCUGGGAGUACUCUAGGUCUCUAGUAUAAAUAGAUGAGAAGGGGGAGUUAGUAAGGAGGCUGUUAUGACGGAAGUUGUCAGGACUGGGAAGUUAGAGAUUUAUUGUCUCUUUCUUUUGCGGGCUUCGGCCUUGGUUGCUUGAUCAUCUCAAUAAAUUUGUUGGUUAUUUCCUCAUAAUUCUCUUCUAUUCUUUCUGUGAUCUGGUUGUGUUCUAUCAAUUAGUUACAAAUUUAAGACGGGCUUUGUGAUCACUAUAGGCCUACUAAGUUUGGGGAAGGAGGAUCUUCUUCUACCGGACGUAACAACAUUGAAGAUUCGGUUGAAUAAUUUUAAGGUUCCAAUUAUGCUUAUUUCAUUUUCAGCUUAUCUUCAGACUACUAGUUUAGGUUUUUUCUUGUUGGUUUUGAUUUUUGGAUUAUAACUGCGAUGUGGUGCACUCGUCUAGUGGAUGUUUUGAGGAACCAUUCCUUUCUUUUGUUCACAAUAGGAUAUGGUUAGUUAAUUGUUGUGCUUUUUGGCACAACUUGGCUCUAUUGUACUUCUGCGAGUUUCUGAUGAUGAUAUAAUUGAAGUCUAU